AGUGGUGAUGAUGACAACAGUCGUGUGUGACUUUUGUAAUAUGUGGCAUGAGUGAGUAAUGUCCGUGUUUACUCCACCUAUCGGCGCAGUUUACUGUGAUUAUACCGAGACCCGGUGAGCCUGAUGGAUUUACGCCUGGACUCAGACAUACACCGGCGGCUAUUAUUCUGCAUUCGGACCGUUUAUUGAGUUAAAUGACAGGGACUGCAUGUGCUCGAGGCUGUCAUAUUUCCGAUCUGCUGCGAAAAUGACCUUUACGUGGAUCAAAACAGACGGAAAGUUGGACGGAGGAAGUUGAAGUAAAGUGAAUAUAUUAGCCAGCAGCGCUAGCAGCGCGGCUCAAACGACACUUAUUUGAUAUUUACAUGCUGUUUGAUUCAAUAUAGGGGAGAUGUAAACAUGUAAAUAGUGUUUAAUAUAGUUUUUGUGUCACCCCGCUGUUUGUUUCUUGCUCUUAAGUUUAUUAGCUUGACUUGCUAGCUGUCAUUUGAACUACCUCUGAAGUCAGAACAUGUUGUUUGCCAGUUUAUUUACAACUUUCAGUAUAUUUUACGUUAGUUCACUUACAAAAUAUUAACGUUUAACACUUUCAACUUUAUCGUAUAAACAAACAUUUCCCACAGAAAUCGUUUAGAGGUGAUCUGUCAUAACAUUAAAGUGUCAACUGUCUCAGAUGUUUCUCCUUUAAAACUCCUUAGCAGAAACAAAUAUAAACACGAAUGAGACUGUUGACAUACAGUUACAGGCCUUAGGCUCGGAUUGUUUGUUAGAAUGAGAAAUAUUUGAGUUUAUUUCUCUUCUGAAACUUAGAGGUGAAGCUUGUGGGAUUUCAGGGUCAAUUUAACAUAAUUACAUACAACUGUGCAUUUAAUCUCAUUGCUGUUUCUGAAACUUUUGAGAUUUACAUGUUAGACAUGCUGUCAGUUUGCUGAAAUCACAUUUAUAUUAGUUUACAUGAAUAGACGUCCAUAUAGCUGUGUACAUUAGCAACCUGCUUUUCGAUAACUUUCAUUUUGAAUGAUCUCAGUAUUGAUAAGCUACAAAGAAAAAUGUCUGUGUACUCAAAACUGCCCUCCGAGCUGAAGAAACCCCUUGUGAGAAACACCAUUGUCCUCCUUGUUGCGCUAUAUGGGGCGAAAAAACUUUCCCCGUACGUAUAUGGCAAGCUCAAGGGAAGGACUAGUAAACAGGUUAAAGGCACCGACCUGGUUACCGCCAGUGGAGAAGGCCAAGAAGUGGAAGUUGCAAAGAAAAAGAAAAGCUCCCCGGCUGUGAACCGCGAAUUCUUCGAGAGGUUGAUUUGUCUCUUGAAAAUCCUCUUUCCUCGGCUUUUCUGCAAAGAACUCGGCCUGCUCGGUUUCCACUCUCUAGCUCUCAUUUCACGCACCUUUCUCUCCAUCUAUGUAGCCAAUUUGGAUGGGCAAAUAGUGAAAACCAUUGUGAAGAAAGACCCCAGGGCGUUUGUGGUUGAGUUAACCAAAUGGCUGCUCAUCGCCAUUCCCGCCACGUUUGUGAACAGUGCCAUCCGUUACCUGGAAGGUCAGCUGACCCUUGCAUUUCGCACCCGAUUGGUCACCCAUGCCUACAUGAUGUAUUUCAGUGAUCAGACGUAUUACCGUGUAAGCAACAUGGAUGGCAGGCUGGCGAACCCUGAUCAGUCUUUGACUGAAGAUGUGGUGAUGUUCGCUGGCUCUGUGGCUCAUCUGUACUCAAACCUGACCAAGCCUAUCCUCGAUGUAGUGGUGACCUGUUACACGCUCAUUAAAACAGCUGAGUCGAAAGGUGCCAACACCACAUGGCCCUCCAUCAUAGCUGGCAUUGUGGUGGCACUUACUGCCAAGAUUCUGAGAGCGUUCUCGCCCCGCUUUGGUAAGCUGGUGGCCGAAGAAGCCAGGAGGAAAGGCGACCUGAGAUACAUGCAUUCACGUAUCAUCGCCAAUUCAGAGGAGAUCGCCUUCUAUGGAGGACAUAAGAUCGAGAUGCUGCAGCUGCAGCGGAGCUACACGGCACUGUCCGAGCAGAUUAACCUGAUCCUGUUCAAGAGGCUGUGGUAUGUCAUGCUGGAACAGUUCCUGAUGAAAUAUCUCUGGAGCGCAUCUGGCCUGGUCAUGGUCGCCGUGCCCAUCAUCACUGCCACCGGAUACUCUAAAUAUGAUUCAGAGGAUGUAAAACAGGCAGCCCUGGGGAUGAAGGAGGAGGACUUGGUGAGUGAACGCACACAGGCCUUCACCACGGCCCGGAACCUUCUGAACGCCGCAGCUGAUGCAGUGGAGAGGAUCAUGGUCUCCUACAAAGAAGUCACAGAACUGGCUGGAUAUACGGCUCGUGUGUAUGAGAUGUUCGAGGUGUUUGAGGAUGUGCGUGUCGGAGUGUACCGUCGUUCGGCCUCAGAGGUGAAACCAGAAGAGACGGGGGCGGCAGGGAAGAUAAAACACGGCAUGAGAGUGGAGGGACCGCUGCAGAUCAGAGGUAAGGUGAUUGAUGUGGAACAGGGCAUCAGAUGUGAAAACCUGCCCAUAAUAACUCCUACAGGGGAUGUGGUGGUUUCCAGCCUUAACAUACAGGUUGAUGAAGGCAUGCAUCUGCUGAUCACGGGCCCCAACGGUUGUGGAAAAAGCUCUCUGUUCAGAAUCCUGAGCGGCCUCUGGCCCGUCUACAGCGGAGUGCUUUACAAGCCAUCACCCGAGCACAUGUUUUACAUACCUCAAAGGCCUUAUAUGUCGGUAGGAACGCUGAGAGAUCAGGUCAUCUAUCCUCACUCUGUUCAGGAGAUGCAGGAGAUAGAUAUCACUGACCAGCAGCUGGAGGACAUCCUCAAAACUGUGAACCUCUGCUACAUCCUGGAGAGAGAAGGAGGUUGGGAUGCAGUGAGCGACUGGAAGGAUGUGUUGUCUGGAGGAGAGAAGCAGCGGAUGGGCAUGGCCAGGAUGUUUUACCAUAAGCCUCAAUACGCCCUCCUGGAUGAGUGCACGAGUGCUGUGAGUAUUGAUGUGGAGGGCAAAAUCUUUGAAGCUGCAAAGGAUGCUGGGAUUGCUCUUCUCUCUAUUACACACCGUCCUUCUCUCUGGAAGUACCACUCCCACCUGCUGCAGUUUGAUGGCGAGGGCGGCUGGCGCUUUGAAAAGCUGGACGCCUCCACACGUAUUUCCCUGCAGGACGAGAAGCUCCGGCUCGAGACCCAGCUCUCGGGAAUUCCCAAGAUGCAGCAGCGGCUGGCAGAGCUGUGCCGCAUUCUGGGGGAGGACAGCAGUCUGCCGAACCCAGGGGAAGUGGAGGAGGACGACGGGAUGGAGGGAGAGAGGGAGCAACAGAAGGAGGGGGAGGAGAAUGAGAGAGAUGUGGUAUCUGGUGGAAAAGGGAAAGACCUUAUGGAGUGAUUUUGCAGACAGAUGAAUGGAUGCAUUCAAGGAUGCAGGUGUGAGCGCAUGUGUGUGUGUGCAUAUAUCUGCCCACAUAUGUUUUAGAUGCAUGCAUUGACUUAAUGUGUCUCUAAUAGGUUUGGGAAUCAAGAACUUAAUCAGGACCAGUUCCUUUUUAAAGAAAUAGCACAGCGGGAAUCGUUUUAAGGAUGUUUGGUUCUGUUAACGGUUCUAGAGUGCGUGCAUUCCACCAAGGAUUCAGAAGAAACACUGCAAUAAAAUAUGCAAAACAGAUGAACAUAUCAGAGCCACCUUGAACCACCUUUGCCGUUGUUAUGAUGAUCAACGCGCAUCUUAUUUUUUGUUAACUUGCGUGAGAAUCAGCAAUCAACGGUUGAGUGUGUAAUUGUCGAUUUCCAUGAUUUAAAAGACAGCAAUAACCUUUUCUUUUUCACAGACUUUGAUUACAUUUAGUGAGUCAUUCAAAACUGAAUUCAGGAUGUUAACCCUUGUGCUGUAAAAUGCUUUACCUAAUUUGCUGUUCCUGGUCAAAAAUGACUAGCCUUUUUGAAAAAUUUCACCAGGUCUUGGAUUUAAUCUUUUAGUCAACUUGUUUUCUUUCAAUCAGCACAGAUUUUGUAUAUCUUUUUGGAACUGAUUGAUCUGAGCUCAGUUGAAAGCAUUAUUUGUGGAUAAUUUUAGAAACUAAGGUGCAUAAACUCAGAUCAAGAAGGCCUAUAAUCAAUCAUUUCCAAAAAGAAAUAUAAAACCUGUGCUACUUGAAAGAAAUCAAGUUGAUUAUAUUGAAUCCAAUAUUUGGUGAUAAUGUAGCAUAAUGAGAAAUUUAUUCAUGAACAAUUUUCUUGUAGGCUGGUGAUUUUUGACUGGGAACACCACAAGUGUAACAGAUUUGAAUGUAAGGAAGUUGCAUUAAAAUGAUUUGAAAUUUAGAAUUUCAAGAAAUAAAUGUAGCUGUCGUUUUUGCCUAGAAAUUGUGAAGAAAGUUUGGAAAAAAUGUUUAUUUUUGUAGGUUUAAAACCCUCGCGGACAGAAAAUGAAUGAUAGAUAGAAAAAUUACAUCAAGUUGAAAUACAUGGUAUAAAUUUAGGUGAGAUAAAGGAGCAGAUCAAAUGAAAACAGUUGAACCUGUUGUUUUUUAUCCAAAAAUUGCAUAAAAUAAAUUAUUUCUGAUUUGUCACUAUUGAAAUCUCAUUUCAUAAUUUGACAACAGGCUUCUGUGGGUAGUGAAUGCAGUACAGUUGUUUUCCAAUCAUUAUCCAUCCUGUUUCAAAAUGACUAAAAGAACCAUUAACAGAAGCAUUGAGGAAUCAGAUUCCCAUCUUUAGUCUCUAGAGAGAAAACGCACAGUGAACACUUCAAAGCUUUUGUUAGCUGUACAAAGACAAUGCAGGUAGUGCGUGUGUGUGUGUGUGUGUGUGUGUGUGUGUUUGUUUAUGUAGUACUCAAGACUGGGUGUGUUUUGGAGGGGGUGGGAGACAGCUGCCAACUCCACCAGGUGCGGUCGUUGAUGAAAGCACCUAUGAAAGCUGUUCCUCUUGCUCGUUAUCGCUGUUCUCUGAAGAAUUCUCUGGAAAUCUGCGGGACCCAGGCGUCGUGUGCGUCUGUGCGUAUGUCUUUAGGGAAAGGGUGACAAGUUGAGUUUGGGCUCUGCUGUUUUGUAUCAGUUCAGCGGUGGUAUUUUCAAACUUCUAAGGAGUUGCCAUGAAUGCUGUAGUUCAAAUCCGUGCCAUGUUUUAACGUAAAAUCAAAAAGGAGAUAUUUGUCCACACUGUGGAUGAUAAGCGUCUUUGUUUUUAUCCAAUACUAAUAGAUAUUUGACCGCACAUGAAUGCUGUGUACAUGUCUAUGGGAAUAUCCCAAUAGGAUGUUGUAAACAUCUUUUCCGUGAUAAUGUGCAAGUAAUUGUGGUCAAUGAGAAAUGGCACAUUGUAAAAUGUAGCUUUUAUUCUUUAAACUAUCAGCAAGAAGCUAUGGAAGCUUGUUUGCACCACAGGAUAACUUUUUUUUUUUUUUUUUAAUAAUUGCAAAUUUUUAUUUUACAAUUCUGAUUUGUUUUCUUGCAGUUCUGAGAAAAAAGUUAGACGUGCAAGAUGUUAAAUCAGAAUUGCAAGAUAGAGACAAUUCUAGAAAGAAAAGUCAGAAUUGUGGGAUAUAAACUCAAUUCUGAAAAGUGAGAUACACUUGCAAUCGUGAAAAGAAAUCAAAAUUGGGAGUUGUAAACUCAGAAUUGAAAGAAAAUGUCUGAACUGUAAGAUGUAAACUCGCAGGAAAAAAUGUGAAAUCGCAAUUAAUUAACUUUUAAUAAACUUAUUUCUGAAAUGAUGAAUCUGAAUUGUGAAAAAUAAGCUUGCAAUUGUCAGAAUAAUGAGUUGUAAACUCCAAUUCCAAAGGAAAAAAAGCCAGAAUUGAGAUUAUUAUGAGACAAUUAUGAGAUAUAAAUCCAUAAUUCUAAGAAAAAAGCCUGAUAUGUGAGAUACUUGUAUUUUUUUUUUUUAUUCUGUGGUGGAAAUGAGCUUCCAUGAGAAGCACCUUAGAAGGAAACUUUUUCCAUUCAAAUUAAACUUUUCUUUUAUCUUCAUAAGACAUACUUCAUCUCUAAUUAUGUCCAUUAGAGGACAUAAUGUUUUCUAAUAAUUCAACUUCCAUGCUCCAAUUUUGUACAAAAAGCCGGAGGGUAGAUCUGAUAUGACUUUUUAGAAAUGAAAAACAAGGGCUUGAUUCUGUUGGUAUGAGCGCAGGGCCUGAAGGAGCGCCCAUAGACACAUGAUGAUUAAAUCAGUACUGAUUUAGCCCAAGGUGAUGCCGUCUGAUAUGUGCAUUGUGUUAGUUGUAGGGUGAUGACCACUAGAGUUAAUCUGAACAUUAACGAGACUUCUUCCAGCGGAGACAUUUCUUUAAAGUGUCCUUAGAAUUUCAAUCUUUUAUGUAACAUUUCAAAGUGCUUUUGUUCUGUUGUCGUGUGUUGACUUCAGAAGGUCAGUCACUUGAAAGAUGUUUGACAAUUGUAACAUUUAAUUACUGCUUUAAAAGAAAUUUCCAUUCAAAAGAAAAAUCUGUCCACAAUAUUUGUAUGACAUUGAAUUUCAUAAUGGCUGUAUUUCUUACUAAAAUAUUUAAUGUGAGAUUUUUGCACACAUAAUGCACAGAUGAUUUUGUAUCUUGAAUCACAAAUUGAUUAUAUUUUCAUUGUAAUGAUUAUUUGUAAGGCAUUUCAAACUAAUAUUUUACCUUUGCUAACGCAAACUAUUUUGUAUUGUGUUUUCUUUAGGUAUGACUAUGAUCAAAGUGAUUGCAAUGUAAUUGAUUCAAUAUUGGACCCUUUGCACAUUUGCCUGAAUUAUUAAAAAAAAUUUAUCUCUGCAGUCUAAUAAAACAUUUCCUCUUG